AUUUUAAAUUUCAAAUCUGAUAUUGUAAUUAAAAUGAUGUUUGUAGGAAAGUAUGAUAUAUGUGUGCUACCACCAAAUAUUCCUAAAAUUGAUAUAGCAUGUCCUAAAAUAAUAUUUGUGUCACCGAGUUUACUUGACGGAGAUCUUUCUUUGAUUAGUACACUAACUCCAACUAUUUGUCAGAAUUGGAUAGGAAGUUUAGUUACAUGUGUAACUUUUGAACAUUUGUGGUUACAUAAAAGCAUUAGUAUGUUUUUUUGGAUUGAGAUUGUAAGAAUUUUGCUAGGAAAUGAAACGAAGAGACUUCUACAGCAGAAAUUGUCGAACGACCUAUGGGACAAAAAGGUAAAUUAUAAAUCUUAAUUACAUAUAAUCAAACUUACAGAAAAAAAUUAAGUUAAGCAUGUUAUUAGAUCAUCACCCUAUAUUCACAUGCAUAAGCAAGUACAUAGAUUUCCAUGUGUUUUUAUAUUUUGAUUGCAUUAAUUUUAUAGGAGGAUAAAUUUCAUGAUAUCAAGUUAAAAUGUUUGAUACCCCAUUUCACUGAUUUCUUCCUCUAUGAAGAUGAGAUGAUUGAGUAUGUGCCUUAUGAAAAAGGAGUCGAACUUUUAAAUUGUAUACUAGAUUCCAUAGGUGGGUUUACCGAAUUCGAACGGUUUUUAAAAUCUUUUAUACGAUAUUACAAAUACAACAGUAUAUCAUCUGAUGAAUUCAAGAAAUACUUGUAUAAUUAUUUUCCAAAAAAAUGGAAGUCUUUAAAUUCUCUUGAAUUGGAUAAGUGGUUCUAUCAGGAGAAUUUCGGAUUUCCAGUGGGAAAAGCCUAUACAGAUAAAUGUCACAUUCUUGCCAGAAAAUGGCUCCGUUAUCCCUCAGUGGGACCUCUGCCUGAUCCAAACUGUAAUUUAAAAUAUUACAAUGAUCUUCAAAAAAUUGCAUUUUUAUCCUAUUUACAUGAAUCAUCUCGAUAUCUACCAAUAUCUAAAAUAGAAGUGAUGUCACGCAUUUACUCAUUUCACACGUGCAAUACCGAAAUACGGUAAAUUGAUUUAUUUAUUAAAUUGGUUAUUAAAUUGAUUUUAAUUUGCGUAUUAAUGCAUGAAUAUCUCACAGAUUUAUUUGGAUACGUUUGUGCAUCAAAAGUCACUGGAGAGAAAUUAUACCACAAAUUUACCGUUUUAUUGACGACUAUCACUCAUCCACAUACAUUUGUACUAUAUUACAAGAUCUUUACCAUUGGGAAUCUAAAAUAGCUUUUUGUCUAUAUAGUACUUGCAAAUCAAAGAUGUCAUUUAUAAUUCAAGAAAAAUUAGACGAAUUCUUUUCUUUUUUGUCUGAUUUAUAGAAUAUAAUUACACAGCAAAAAUUUUGUAGAGCGCGGUAAAUAACAUUGACUUUUAUUAUACCAAUUUUAUUAUACCAAUUUUAUCACAAAAACUGCCAUUUAAAAUUAUUUUAUUUAUUUUUAUAUACAUACCAUUUUUUUUUAAAAGAAAUUAGAAGUAUCUUGAAGCCUAAGAAAUCUAUACAAUGUAAAAGGGACGUAAGAAAUAUAAAAAAAAAA